AUGUGGCCCUCAACGGUCUUCAUGGCCGGCCUUUUGUGCUUGCUGAAUGCCAAAGAGGUGAAGCGGACGAAGCGCCAGUUCUACUCGAAUUGCCCGUCAUCGUGCUUCUCCUGUAGUCCGGCGUCGCAAUGUCAGGCCAUCAUGCCGCAGUUCACGUGCACCGGAAGUUGUUGUUGUCCGGCGGCGAAGACUUUGACUGGUAAGAAGAUUUUACAAAAAAAUUUUUCAGAUAUUAGAUGCUACAGAACAACGCAGAUUACUGUAGAUUUAAAUCAAUUUACUUAUAGAAAUUUCCUUUCUUAUUGCAUAAGUUAACGUUGGUUUUUAGGCUCUUGCGAUGGCGAGGAUGCCGUUGCAGCAUGCUUGAACAAUCUUUGUGGCCAAGGCUUCUUUUGUACCCGGUCAAAUUAUUGCUGUCGUUGCCCGGUGGGCAAGUCGAUUGGUAAGGAUUUUUUAUUCUUUUUUUAUAGCGAAAACUUCAAAGAUUUUGCCCGUUUUCAUUUUUUUUAAUCAAAACAACGUGGAUGAGACUUGCCGCUGAUUUAGACAACAUCUAAUAAGUUACGCACAUGAUUUUCACCACGCGCUUUCCAGAAGUAGCCGGGAUUUUUGAGGCAAAAAAAUAUGAAAAACUGACGACAUUUUUUGCGUUGAACGCUAAAGUUUCUGUCAUUCCUAUGCUGUUGUGAGCAAGAUUUCUGCAAGGAUCAUUUUUUCCUAGCAGAAUUUGCAAAGGCAUAGACAAAAUUUCUUUUCUCUCUCACUGACAGCUCUCCUCGUUUGUGUGCUCUUUUCUUUGCAAGGCUGUUUUUGCAAGAGCUGAAAUUUUGGGAAAUUGGUAUGCCAAAUUGAUGGAUAUAGGCACAACGUAGCCCUAAAUUAAAGAAAAUAUGAGCGUCGCACAUCAAACACUUGUCUUAAAGAACGCAACCAAUACCUUUUACAAUAUCCAAGUGUCCUAAAAACUAUUAUAACUUCAAUUACAGGCAACUGUGUGAACGGAAAAUGCCCAGUCGGCUACUCCUGCAACACCAACAACUACUGCUGUGCGGUGGGGAUGAUCGGUGUGGCGGGCGAAUGCGUGAACGGCAAAUGCCCCAGUGGCUACAGUUGCGGCGAUGGCAACUUGUGCUACAGCACAAGCACCACGGACGGGGCCUUGAAUUCCACAGCGUUUAAUGGCACCUCGAAUACGAUAACGCGCUUGGCCGCACAUCCAAAACCGGCCAUAGAUCAUCGCCCCCGAACCAUCGACAUCAACACGGGUCGUUUCAUGCUCGGGCCGGCCAAUAAUUUUUACAAUGGCGCGAUGAAUUUGAACUCAAACCCUCAGGGCUUCAGCUUGAACCAUCAGAAUUUUGCUCAAGUUUUGGCGGGCCAAGGAAUCAGCGGGUUUCAAGGCAUGAAUUUCAACGGAUACCCAACGAUCAUCAGCAAUGUACCCAACUUUGAAAACAUGAACAAUUUGUAUCCGACCACCUCCAACUUGUCCCCGUGGCCUUUCAAAAAUGGAAAGAAAAAAGUUUAA